GUGAUAUUUUGAACGCCGUUUCUUUUGAACAGGCACUCUUUGACACAAAAGACGGUGGACCAUCAUGGUGGGGUGGAGUCGACUGGUGCAGCUGACGGCGUUGGAUGGCGGGGCCACGCGCGUGCUGCUGUGGACAGCAGGUGCCGCGGUGGCAGCAGCCCUCGGCACCUUUCUCACACGCCGUGUCACUGAUGCCAUAAAGGAGGAAGUCAGCGAGGGCGACCCUCUCGUCGCAGAUUUACCGCUGUGGGUGUUCAAGGACAUCCUCAAGCGCGGCACGCCACAACAGCAGCAGGCUGCUUUGCGCGUGGUGAUGCACCGCAUCAACAUGCCCGACACGCUGGAGGCGCUUGUCGAGCGCAUACAGAGCCCCGACCAGGAGGAGCGCCUGCACGCCGCGCAGGUGAUCAAUGGGUGCCUCAACAUGAAGAACAUGGACAUGCCGCUGGAGCGGUACGGGGUGGUGGAGAACAUCUACCAGCGCGUCGUCGCUUCUCUCGAAGGCGGGCACCCCGAGGAGCUCGUGUACAUGAUGGAACCCUUGUUCGAGCUGGCGCUCCGCACCAGGGCCACCCGUAGGUACCUUUUGAGCCGCGACGUGCUCCUGCUCACGGAACAGGUGCUGCAGCAGCCAGACCGCUUUGGGAUGCCCGCCGUGCGCGCCAGCAUUGCCCUCAUGCACACACUCAUCACGCAGGAGGUGUCUGUGGCCCGCAAGCGCGUGCGCCUGAGCACCUUCAGCGCGCUCAUGUCCGCGUCCUUGCUGUGCAUCACCACCUCGGCUACCCUCAAGCUGUGCGUGCACAUGCUCGUGCUGCUUGGCGUCAACAUGCCCGUGGUUGCCGAGGGCGGCAGAACCACCACCCCGGCCUCGCUCUUCACUGAGGAGUACGUGCAUUACAGCGCGCAGUGGAUGCUGGCAUCGGACCGCGUGCUUCGUUACUGGACCCUCGGCCUGGUCUACGACAUGGUUCGCAAAGAGCGGCUGCGAGAUGUGCUGCGAAUAACACCGCGCAUCCUCAUGGCGGUGCACAACAUCCUCUCCACCUUUGAGGCCGGCGUGCAGGAGAUUGCACUUCGGGUGCUCGGCUCCCUCUCCGCCCGCAACGACGCUUUCAAAGUGAAGCUUGCGCACCACAACGUCAUGACGCGGCUGGUCAUGUGCCUUGCGUCAAACAACGCCGACGUUGUGCACUGGGCUAUCGUUCUCAUCCACGAUAUUGCCAUGCUCGGCGACGACACAUUCUCAGCCCUCAUCAAGACACCAGGCCUGCUGCGCGGGCUGCGGCGGUGUGUUGGGCAGCAGCGGCACGACAACCACCGCCUGGUGCUGGAGACGGUUGGCUUCCUCUGCGCCAACGAGGACACUCUUGACCAGUGCGUCGACGCCGGCGUUGUUGAGAUUGUGGCUGCGCUUGAGCGGGAGCGGGAUGAUGCGUCGCAGUACUGGUACGUCGGGCUCGCCGUUACCCUCGUUGUCUCGGACAAGGCGCGACAAGCACUUCUCAAAACAGGCUGCGUGAAACACCUGAUCGACCUUGCCCUAAACUCCAAGAACGAAAACGUGCCGCCAAUCGCUGUGCGUGUGCUCACACCGCUAAUGUUUGAUGAUGUUGGGGUUGUUAAUGAGACAACACACGGGCUCGCACAACCCCUGGUGCAACUGGUUGCGGCAAACGAGGGGAACACACACCGCUACCUGGCCCUGCUGGAGGUGCUCGCGCGCCACGAUGCCUGCAAGCAAUUUAUCGUGCGCUGGCCGCGUGCGAUUGAGACCAUGCUCUCCCUCAUCUGGCGAGUCAUCUCGCUCGACCCAGCGUGCAUGGACACGGAGCCAACAGCGGUGGCGGAGUGCGUUGCGUCUGCGCGCAUCCUCAGCGUGGCCACACAACACCACCCCUCCAUCGAAACGCUUGCGCACAAGGGCACGGACCGCGUACUGUCGGUACUGCUGUGCUCGAUUAUUCGUCGCCUGCUUGCUGCACGGCAAAAGGCGGCAACAGCAGCAGCAAGAGAGGCAGCAGCUGCCACCGGUCUGCCAAACGGCAGUGGUGAUGGUCAUGGUGGUGGUCAUGGUGGUGGUGGUGGUAAUCGUCGUCGCGGUGCCGAUGGUGACAAGGAGAGUGGCAGUGGCGGCGGUGGAGCGUUGUGGCACAUCGUGUACGGCAACACGAGUGAUGGCGAUGAUGACGGCAGCACCACAAGUGGGACUGGUGAUGACGAUGAUGACGAUGAUGGUGAUGACGGCGAUAAUGGUGGGAGCACAGACGGCGGCAAUGCUGAUGCACAUGAAGUUGGUGAUCGUGGCGGUGGCAGGAGGAGACGUGCUGGUCCACGAGCACAGCAGCGUCGCCUCAAGGCCGUUGGGGGCGAUGCCCGUGGACACGCUGUGAAUGCCUCGCCAGUUGUGUUGCAUCCAGGCGACAGCAGUGAUGGUGGGAGUGAUGCUGAACACAUGAUGGCCAUUGUUGGUGCCAUGACAUCAACACCAGCACAGCCACUUGCACCUGCUGGCACAUCCACACCGUACUCAGCAGCAGCAGCACGAGCAACAGCACAACAACAACAACAACAACAGCAGCAGCAACACCAGCAGCACGUGCGUGUGUCUGUGACGCCGCGGCUGUUUGAGAAAAUGUCGGCCACGGCGGCGGCGCUGGCAGCACAGCGACAACGCGCACGCGAGCGCCUGCACCACCCGCGAAUGCUUGCAGGCACGGAGGGUGCCCACACACGACACACAACUGCUGCUGCUGCUGCUGUUGCUUCGUCCCACAACGCGCUGACCUACCCUGAACACGCGCGUGUGGACAGUGGUGGUGAUGGUGGGGAGCGGCGGAGGAGGCGUGCUGUUCGGCGACAACUUGUCACACACGACGACGACGAUGGUGGUGGUGGUGGUGGUGGUGGUGGUGAUGAUGAUGGUCAUGCUAGCAAGGGUGGUCAUGGUGAGAAUGGAGCGCCUACAACUACACCAACAGCAACAGCAACAGGGGUUGGAGCAGCAAGUACAGCAGCAACGCCGACAGCUACAGCAGCAACGACACAGUUGUCAUCUGAUGCCAUGUUUGAGGUGUCUGGCAUCCAUUUGUUGGAGGACGCGCACGAGCCCACGCACGAGGAUGAGAGCACGCCUCAUGCUGGCGAUGGGCGUGGUCAUGAUGGACGUGGUGAAUGCAUGCAGGCAAGGGAUCAAGGAGAGCGUGGUGAUGGUGAACUGGACCUGAGCGCCGUUUCACCUCUGCUACAGCCUGGAUCGCUGACACCACCGUCGUCACCGUCCAUGCUCGAGCGCGUGCCGAGCAGCACGCCCAAGCGCGACCGCACCACGUCGUCAUCAUCAACCGCAACGCUCACUGCUCCAGCACGCACAGCACAGGACGGCCCUGCCAUCGAGGAGGUGGCCGGCAGCAAUGGGCGCGGUGCUGAGACCACAAUGCAACAGCAACAACGCGACACAACUGACCAGCAGCAGCAUGAACAGCAGCAUCUUGAUCAGCGGCAAGAGCACGAACAGCAAGAAAUGCAGCAGCAAGAUCAGCGAGAGCAGCCCCAACACCUUCUACAGCAGCAACGACAGCAGCAGAGGUUUCAGCGGGCGCGCGCACUGCUGACUGGCGUCAACACGGGCUCCCUGCCGCUACAUCUCAACCACAUUGGCAGGGACGACGAAGGCGACGCAGGCGACGUGUUUGUCAGCCCACCAUCACCCUCAGCAACAGCACCACUGGCAAGGACAGCAACAGCGAGCACACACGCCGUUGGCAGGCGAGACGAUCUCCACCAUCAACAACAUCCACACCAUCAACAGCAACAGCAUCAACAUCAGCAGCAGCUGCAGCGGCAGCUACAGCGGGUCGACGGCGGCGCUGUGCACGUGUGCGGUGGUGAUGCGCGUGGUGGUGAUGGCCACGGCACUGCAGUGUGGGCUGGUCGCGGUGGCCCUGUUCCCUGGUCACCCAACUCUCGACGUCGCACGUCGCUCGGGCGGCGACAAGUGUCCUCCCCAGUCCUCAUGCGCAGCACCCCGCUCUCCCACUCCGCACGCACCGCCACCACUGCUUCACCCACUACCAGUGCUGCCACCGCUGCUUCUGCCACCGCUGUUGCGACGUCGCGCAGUCUGCAGCCAUCGCCGCGUGUGUUCACGCCGCCGCUGUACGAGCGCGGUCGCAUUGGUGCCCACGGCGCUGGUGGUACUGCGACCAUCGGCCAUCACGCUACUACUGGCGGCAACAGUGGUGGUGGCGGUAGUGGUGGUGGUGGUGGCGGCGGUGGUGUUUCUCAUGGUGGAUCGCGUGUUGUUCGCCGCCGCAGUGAGGGCUGGUUCUCGCACGGCGCAGACCUGGUGCGGCAGGACCACCACUGGGACUCCUUCAGGCUCACACAGCGGCGUGAGGGUCGGCUUGUGUCGACACCGUCGCACACGCGUGCGGAGACAGAUCGCCUGUGCGCCCGCCCACCCCGCUCCCAGUCCACAACAGCUGACCUGCGCUCGCCACACCACGGCUAUUACUACGACUACGACCAGGAGCACGAGGCUGCUGACGGUGAUGGCGGUGGUGGUGGUGGUGGUAUGGGUCCUGGGUACGGCCGUGUGAGGCGACGUGGUGUUGUCAGAAGCAUGAGCACUACGCUUCCCGCAGCACCUUCGUCAUCGUCGCCAGCGUCAUUCACCCCUCCACUGCAACAGCAACAGCAACAGCAACAAGAACAGCAAGACCAGCAGCCUUCAUCUCGCGCGCUUCCGCGUACGGUGUCUGCAUCUGCCAUCCACGAGUACGAGCACGAUGUUAGAGGAGGACGGAGCAGCAGUGCGAGCAAUCGUGGACGGAGGGUGAGCGGUUCACACGCACACGCGCACGGGCACGGGCAUUCGCACCAUCGCAUUCGCCACGCGUCGCUUCAGUCCUCUGCUGCCGACCUGUUGCUAUCGCCCUCGUCACAGCUGCACCUCUUGCAGCGGGAUGGCGUUGCGCUCAAUGACGAGCAGCACCCCUCCAUGCUGCCCAUUGGCAGGCCUGGUGCUUAUGAUACGCCCGCUGUUGCACCGUCGCAUUCGCAGACCAGCACACAAUCGUCAUCCGGGACGUCUGGCGGACACGCACAGCCGCAAUCACACGCACACGCACAACCACAACCACACGCACAACAGCACACGCAUGUGCACACAGCACCGCACCUGCAGCGCCGGAGCAGCCGUGCACACUCGCCGUCACCGCUGGCAAGUCGGGUGUCGUCUGCCCUCGAUGAUGACGGUGCAAGGACGCCGCCACCGCAGCUGCUGAGCAGGGCGACGAGCUGGAGUGGGGCCGCCAUUGCACAGCAGGUGUCACAGCGGUUGCAACAGCAGCAACAGCAGCAGCGGCAUCAACAUCAGUACGGGCAUGUGCAUUUGCAGCCGCCACGUGAACGGCCCCAGCCGCAGCGUCGUACGAUGUCGUCUUCAACAUCGUUGCCACUGCAUUCUGCACGCGCGGACGCACAGCACCGCCACCACCGGCCGCACCUCAGUCGCCUGGCGUCCACAAGCACCCCUGCAUUUGCCAACCGUGACAGUGACAACGGCGGUGGUGAUGGUGGCGGUGGUGAUGGUGGCGGUGGUAAUGAUGAUGCCCGACAUGGUGGUACACAGCAGCAACAGCAGCAGCAACAGCAGCAGCAGCAACAGCAGCAACAGCAACAGCAACAGCAGCAGCACGGCAAGCGGCCGCCACCACCGCUUGCGUUGCUCGCUGCUGAUGCCGUCAAGCCAUCUCGGAGCAUGUCGGCUCCCAUGGCCACACCACAACAGCAUCGCCAACCACAACAGCAACAGCAGCAGCCACAGCAACCCGAACAACAGCAGCAGGAGCAGAAGCAGGACCAGGGUCGUGAUGACGGCGUGCGUGCACUCGUGCCUGCCAGCACUCCGCGCGCUGAUCGAACACGCAGCCUGACAACGAUGCCGCAAUCAUCAUCGCCAUUGAUGUCGCUUGCGCGACACAAGUCGCGCGCUGCCACAACAGCGCCGUCAACCCCGGCAUCGUCAUCAGGCCGGGGUACAGCCACCACUGCAUGCAGAUCUGUCCGCAAAUCGGCAACACGGCAGCUGCGUCGGGCGGCGGCUGUUGCCGUCUCCCCGCGAAUUGGUGGCGCAUUUGACUUUCCGCCGCACCGUGGUGAGGACGCGGGGUGGCGGCACGCACUGCAACAACAGCAACAGCAACAACAGCAACGGCGAAGGCAGUCGAAGCAGCGCAGUACACGGACAUCCCAGUGUGCCCCCGAGGGACAGGCAGUCACGCAAGUAAGCGGAAGACCAGAGGCAGACAAUGCCUACGAAGGGGAGGGGAUUGGGGUGCGGGCAGCACAUGGCGGUGAUGGAGACGGCAGCAGGGCAGUGGAUGACAGCUUUGCAGCGCGUGUGGAUGUUUCUUCGCACGGCCACCCUGUUCUCCACCACAGCCGCAGUUACGACGAGGACAGGCCAUAUGGGGCGCCUCGCAACGCUGGUGUUCGUGCUGGCGAUGGCAGUGGUGGUGGUGGCAUUGGCGGUGAUCGCGAUGCUCGCCGUCGCGUGUUUGAUGAUCAGCCACCGCUGUACAGGCAGAUGUCGGCGCCUGUCACAUCUUUCACUUCAACCUCCACCUCUGCAACCACCACGACCGCCACGACCACCUCAUCCACGUCAUCCGCGCCGACAGCGGUGUCUGGACCGACGACAGGCACCCCCUCCCGCACAACGCCAAUCGCCAGCACUACUGUGCAGCGGCGCCGCGCUGCCACGGCAUCAGCAGCAACGGCAGUGACACCGAUGGUGCCGCAGCCUGUCACGCCUGUUUCCCGGACACCGAGCGGCACAUCGUUCCGGGGCCGUUCGCACUCGCACCGUGAUGAGCUGACGUCAGCACUUCUCUCCAUUGCCGGCCCGCGCUCAGAGGAGGAGCUCAUCCAUUCCAUGCAGGGUGCACCCAGCAGCGACUUGAGCGGCAGUGAUGGCGUGCCUCCAUCCACACCACUGCUGACAAUGGCCAAUUCUCCCUCGGCGUUUUCGCUGUCCACGUUUGAGUGGACGAGCCUGGAUGACACGACGCCUGCCGACGAUGACAGUCGCGAGGGCAGGGAGGACCAGGAGGAGGACUACGAAGCGCUCGCCAGCGAAAUGCUGCGAUGGUCCUCCCAAGAGGAUGAUGGGUCCGCCUUUCCAGAGGACAACGGCGACAACGGCAGUGGCGGCGAUGCGCAUACAAGGCAGCGACGGCGCCGAAGGAGAAGGCGAAAGAGAAGGGAACAAGGGGAGGGACCACCCGAAGAACAACAGACCCGAGCAUACGCUCCAAGUGAUGGCGAUGAUGACGAUGACGACGACGACGGUGACGGGGGUGAUGGUGGGGAUGAUGAUGGUGCUGAUGAUGAUGAUGAUGAUGAUUACGAUGAGAGUGAGCGCCAUGGUGAUGGUGAUGCUGGUCGCGACAACCAAGCCAACGCAAGCCACGGCAUUGCUGGUCGUGCUGGCGAUGAUCACAAUACUCCUCGUUCGCCAAUAGGAGAGCAAAGCGAAGGACGUGUGUUGGGCGAAGCAAGUGCUGCCGGUGGGCGUGUUGUUGGUGAUGAUGCUGCUGCUAACAGCAACGUACAGCCAGGCAGUGGUGAUUGCAACGCUGACGGUGAUGGUCAGGGCGAGGACAACGAUACAGCAGCAGCAGCAGCAGCUGUUGACCGCUCUGUUGAUGAUGUUGAUGCUGAUGCUGAUGCUGACGCUGAUGGUAUUGAUGGUGGUGGUCACGAUGAUGAUGAGAGGGCGCUGGUGCCUAUGCUGCGUCACGACAUUUCACACCUCUCCAACAUCAGUCACGGCAGCGAUGAUGGUGGCGAGGACGAUGCUGCUGACGCGUCCUCAUGGGCGUACGACGCGGACCAGCAGCAGUAUCUCAUGAACGUCUCGGCGGACGCCAGCAUGUUCGACUUGACAGAGCCGGAUGAUGACCUGAGCCACUUGGAGGCAUCCGUUGUGGAACAACUACAGGAGCAAUCAAACGUCAACGUCUCUGUGGACGUGUCGGCUCUCAGCACUUCGCUGCACGAGACAACAUCCAUGGUGGAAGCCCCAAUGGAGGACGAUAUCGAUGGGUACGUGGAUGUGCUGACGCAGUUGCAGGACGCGACGAUUGUUGCGCUGGCCAACAUGUGCGGCGAACACGAACGGCCCUACAACACCCCCGCCGCCACCAUCCUGUGGACAGCCGUCCUCACACUUCCAUCCCACCUGGUCAACUUUUAUGCUGAUCGCCUCGUGUGCUCAGCGGCGAGCCUGACACCGCCGUCUCGCUUCCAAUCGCAUGCCACCACGACACCCACCACCACCACCACCACUCAAGUUGAUGACGAAGAUGGUCACGGUGACGAUGGAGGUGGCGUUGAGAGUGGUGUGCGUGCUAUUGGUGCUGGGGACACGGAUGCAGCCAGUGAAGUGGUGACAGCGCAGGCGACGCCACGAAAGAUCACCGUUGAUGAGUCGCCACAGUUUCACACGCGCGCGUCCACAUCCCGCAUCAUGAUGGACAUUUAUCGCAAGACGAUGCGCAAUGAUUCGUGGACGUUUGAGACGGGUGUACUGCGCGUGUGUGCGCGUGGAAACGGCACGUGGUCGUUCACUGUUCGCAUCGAGAGCGACGGCAUCCUGCAGGUUGGCUGGGCGUGCGACAAUGCUGAGCUGGAUCCUAUUCGUGGCCGCGGCUGUGGCGACAAUCUCUCGUCGUACGCGUUUGAUGGGCAGCGCGGCAAGUUCUGGCACGGCGCUGAGGGGGGCGAAGACACAACCCUCAGGUGGAGGAAAGGUUCCACGGUGUCGUGUUGGCUGGAUUUGCAUGCAGGCACCAUCUCGGUUUCUGUUGACGACAGCGACCGUGUUCUUGCGUUUGAAAACGUUGACACGUCCCUCGCCUGGGCGCCGUGUGUUUCCCUCGCACCGCGUCAGCAGGCCACUGUGCUGUCGUGCAUGACAACGGCCUCGUGGCAACCGACCGACAUGACAACACACCCGAGUUGGCAGCCCUGGCAUGACUCUGACGAUGGCAUUCGCGUGGGCACGAGCACAAACACAUGGACUGACACCACCGUGUGCGCACGCGCACCGCAAGUCCUGCUUCACCUCCACUGCAACUCAAUCUCCCUGUACUUUGAGGUGCCGCUGUGUGAAGCUCUCGGUGCCACCAUCGGUUAUCGCGACUGUGUCGACAACAGCUUGCACGCCAUCUGCCACGUUGAUGCGGACGGCACGCUGCACUUUGGAGCGUCACGGCACAUGGGCCAUGGCAGCACAAGCAGUCCCCGCGAGCCUGGCAUGCACGCUGGCAGCAGCACCACCAAAAGCAAGGGGCACGGUGACGAUGGUGGUGGUGAUGGUGGUGAUAGUGGUGCCAUUGAACCGUUUGAUCGACGCCGGCAACAGGAACGCGAGCAGGAACACUGUGAUCCUGGCCUUGAUCUGGCCAUUCCCGGGCAGGAGAAGAAUGAUGGUGACGAUGGCAACGGGCAUCGUGGUGGUGGCUCGCAUGGAUUGCAUGUCGCGCCAUCUUCACUCGUAACUACGCGUACCCGCAACGGUGCGGGUGCUGCUGCUGUUACUUCACCAUCGCCUCCACAACGCGGGCAACCGUCAUCAACUUCAACAGCAGCAGCAACACACAUUGCACAUGUGCGGGCUGGCGGCGCACUGGAUGUGAUGUGUCGCGAUGACGACGCUGUUGUUGGAUUUGGGCUUCUUACUGGGGAUGACAUGGCUGUUGUGACGCUCAACGGACAGCUGCUCGAUGUGGUCGAGUUGAGCCACCGCUUGUGCAAGCCCUUCCCUGCUGUGAGCCGCGCUGUUCCCAUCAACGUCGGGCAGCGCCGCUUGCGCUUUGCUGUUGCCAACUCGAUGAUGUUUCGCCUCGCAGCCAUGCGCUCCCUCAUCCAGCGCGUCAUCGCAGACCUCCAGUAACACUGGGUGUGUGUGUGGGGGGGGGGGGGGGGCGUGCGCG